AUGGCUGCAGAAGUAGAGGAGACAGAGGAAUUGGCUCAAAGCGUCGACAGGCCCGCUAACAUCAUAUCUACGGCUCGAAACCCGACCGUCUCUCCGGAUCUACAGGAGCUCUCCAGAUCCUCCCCAGGUGUUCACAUAGUGACCCUCAAUGUGGACAGUCAGCAGAGCAUCACUUCAGCUCUGCAGGAGGUCCAGUCCAUCGUCGGUAACAGUGGACUCAACUGUCUGAUCAACAACACCGCUAUCGACAUCUCCUCAGACAUUGACACUGUGACUUCAGAAGCCAUGAUGAAGACUUUCCAGACAAAUUGUGUGGGGCUGCUGUUUGUCACAAAGGCCUUCUUGCCGCUGCUGCAGACUGCCGCGGCUCGCAGCAGUGGGAUGGGACUCCACAGAGCCGCCGUUAUCAACAUGUCCUCCAGACUCGGCUCCAUCACAUACACCUGGGGUGACGGCGCCGCCUUCAGGAGCUACGCUUACCGCACCUCCAAGGCGUCGUGCAACAUGUUGACGCAGUGUUUAGCAGCAGAUCUGUUACCAGCCGGGAUCCUCUGCGUGUCUCUGCACCCGGGCUGGGUCCAGACGGAUCUGGGAGGACCUGAUGCUCCGCUGACGGUCAAGGACAGCGUCUCAUGUCUAAUCCAUGUUCUGUCAAAACUCACCAGUGAAGACCACGGCGGAUUCAAAGACUACUGUGGUAACACGUUACCGUGGUAACACGCUCCAAAUGCAAAACCUUUGGAUGUGAAUACGGAUUAAUUUUCAUCUCAUUUGAUGUUUCAGUUUGAGUUUGAAGGUCGCACAAACUUUUGUCACAUCUUCUGAUUUGAUAAAAUUCUGCUUCAACAGAGUAAAAUUGUUCCAGAAGCAGGUUGGUGCAGCUUACGUCAAUUUUUAUGUGCGAGUUAUACAAAAAAAUAACUAAAUAAACAACAGCAACAAACAAACAAAACAUUUACUUCACAGUAGAUCCUGACCGAUAUACUUAUUGGCUGAUAUGAGCCUUUCACAGUCAUAUAUCAGUAUCGGCAUUAUUUCUGCCAAAGGAAAACUUUUGUUUUACAGUAUAAACAAUGCAGAAAAAA